AGUUUUAUCAUGAACCAGCAGCUCUUAAAAGUGGCAAAAUUAUUUACGUUUGAGGUUUCUGAAUCCUCAUCUGUUUUUCUUCUCUUCUAGACCCUAUCCAGCCUUAAAUUCCGAGAUGUGACGCUGCUUAACUUUGUCGUACUUUAAUUACUGUUAAACGCUGGAGCGCUAAUUCUACGUUUGCGAGUGCUCAAAGUCAUGGCUCGUCCGUCGGGGAUUCUAAGACAAGAUUCCAGGAACCGUCGAGCAAGUCCUCUGGAUCGCGGAAUCAGCAUUGAUGACCCACAAGCAGAUUCCUUGCACCGUCUGCUACGCCGUGUCGGUGAAGAGCAGCAGCCAGAAGCCACUGCUCUGAUAGAGACAUUACGCCAAAUUUCCCGUUCGAUUACUAACGACGAUCUCGCUAAGCUGGUUAACAACUACCUUCGAUCAAGACGCUCGAGGAUUCUGAGCUAUGAAAAUUUUUUUCGGGCGUUGAGCGAUUUUCGACAUAAAAUAUGGAACGGUGCGUCUCUCGGAUGGCGGUCGCGCACAGAGGGCGAAGAGUGUUCUCCCGAAGACUACGAAACAUUUGACGCACUGGUGGAACUCAUUGGAAAAAUUGCCGAAUAUGAUGAAAGCAGCAGAUUACAUAUCGCCGACAAUCCCGAUUGGAAUCAUCCACUGCAUAUUCUAGCUACCCUGGUUAGCUGUGGAAUUCCCACGACGAUGAAAGCUACAAUUCUUCUUACGCUGGCGUCUUUCGCAAAGUCCACAGGACCUGCUACACUAAUAUGGCAGUACAUGGGUGCAGUGUUGGCACCUUUAACAGUCGCGGGUCCUAAACAAGGUUUAAAGCUAGAGCUAGAAGAAAUGGAAGUGCGCUAUCGUGAAUAUCCCGUGACGAAAGCUAUAAUUCUCCUCAUGUUGCGCAUUUUUGGCAGCUUAUCCGAUCAUGCAUUAGCUCCCGAUUUCCUGCAACAGUUCCAGGAGUUCACUUCAUACAUUCAUGAAGCUGUUUUUUCCAAAGUGGAUGAAAGAAGCUUUUCUACCCCCCAAGAGCAUUUAGACGUCUUGCUAUCCUGUUUGCAACUUUUUGAAAAAUGUCUCACAUCUUUGAAUGAACUGAGCUUCGUCAUCAUUCCGGCGUUAACGACGCAUCCUGGUUACGUUCUGCGACAAAGGAUUUUGGAAGGGCAUACUUUUUUUGAUAAAUUGCUGAACUGGUUGUCUGUUUGUUCGGAAGAGUACGAUAAAAGCCACAGCGAUGGAGUUCACCGUCGCUUGGAAGAUGUUGUCUCCUGCAUUCUUAAAAUAUUCUGCAGUGUGAUCCAUAACCAUGAUGGCUUUUUGAAUUUCCUCAAACAGCACGACCGCAAUGCUUCGGCUGUAGGACUGGACACGCUCAUUGCUACGACCAUCAACAACCGGUCUGCCAGAAAGGAUUUUAUUUUCACUUUCAUGAAAUUGUUAAAGUACAGAUCGAAAAGGUUGAGCAUCGCUCAGUUGGCUCUGGAAAUUAUCAGUUUCGUUACUUGUCGAGUUCAAGACCAUAAGGACUGGAUCUCUGUGCUGUACUACGAUGAGGGAUUGUACAAUACGGUGAUUGCUAACUUUGCCGGCUGUAUUGUGAUCGAUCCGGAAUCUACUCAACAAGAAAACAGGCGCUUGGAAUCUGUCGAAUCUGUCAAACUGGUGCAAGACGCCCUAAAGAUGAUUCUAGGAAAUCUAAAAAACUGCUCAUUUCCAAAUUUGGCGCAAGUGCUGUUGGGUUUUCCCCUUCAAAAUGGUUCGGUACAACCGUCGUCACUCGGAAAAAACAUUUCCAGUGCUGCACUACCACGAAUAUUCGAGCUUAUCGAACCUGGCAGAGUAUUAUUUGAACUCAUUCCGACAGUAACUGAAACAGCUCUCGACAUAUUGGAUUUUCUGUGCCAAAAGCAAGCUACCGGUGUUUACGUGCUUCGCUACCUAAGAAAUGAUUGGGCUGGUGAUUUAUGUGUGGAAAAGCUUCUCGGCCAGCUUCCGCUCGUCGACAAUGGUGAUAAUGCGACCCAUUCACUGCUUCGUCACCAGAAGGCCAUUUUACAUAUCGUCGCCAAAGAGAUCCGUAUCCUAAUCGAUGAAUAUAUGAUCCCAUCUGCCAACGUAUUGAUAUCUCGGUUAUGUUCUUUCCCCAGUACUGCAGAAAGUGGUAUGUCGACGUCGGAACAGGUUAACAGACAGCAGGAAUUCAAUUCUUCCAUGGCAUGCCAGCUUCUGUCGGUGGUCACGCUAUCCCUGCCUCCACCGGCAUCGGUGCGCUCCUUAAAUCUGGAGUUUUUGGACUAUGCUAAUGUAGAGGACGCCUUGAAUUCUUCUCGCAUUACCACAGAUGACGGGCAUGUGCUCCAUGAUGCAUCUUUAACGCUGAUGUAUCUUCGGGAACUGCUCCACGGAUACGAAGAAAACGGAAUGGGUCGAGCUGAUAUGGUUCACGACUUCAAAACGAUUUGUGACUACAUCGAGCAAGAGACGUUGCAAGUGGGAUUGAUACGGGCUCGAAGAGACUGCUAUGAAGCGUGGACUGUUUUGAUUAGCGUUAUCGUGGAGAGUUUGGGUUGGGAAUCCUUCCCAUUUCCAUCUGUACCAUCGUUCAUGAUCCAGCUAAGUGCACUCCUCAGUAAAGAGAUCGCUGCUGGAAUGCCGGCUUCAGAAAUGAUUUUGUCAUUUGAGACAGUAUUUUCGCUGCUGUCAGCCUUUGUACGCUUCUCUGGACCGGUGCGACGCGGUGCGAGUAAUUGGGAUAGCUUCAAUGUCGAAGGCUUUGCCAUGAAAGCGUUACUUGUGGACUACAAAAGCGUUAUUUUGCGUACAUCAAGUACAUUUAUCACGGAAGUAAUUGGAAACUUGAGUAUUGUGGCACUGAGGAAAGCCUCAACAGUUAUGGAGAAACAAUACUGUUGUGUUAACCUGCUCCUUUUACUGAAAUGGGCCGACUGGGACUACGCAAAUUAUGAAGAUGCUAGCGCGGGGUAUUCCCAAAGUGUCCAGACCUCUGCAGGAGCAAUACGCAGCCAUGUGCGAAAUGCAUUCUCAGGACACUUUGAUGAGUUACUUAGGCUCCUGCUAGAUGGAUUAAUAUCCGUAAAUGGACCCAGAGAGGCCACCAUUGUCCAGACUUUAAACGCGCUGUGGAAACUGUUCGAGUUGGAGGGCAAUUUCUUCACAUAUGGAAACUUUUCUGUUCUGUCUCAAAUGAUGACGACCCUUGCCAAGGAUAAUCAGAAACUUGCCCAGUGUAUCGCUGCCCAGACGGAUAACGACGAUGUCCUUGUGAGCUUUGAGACGAAAAUGAGCGCGCUUAUUUCUUGGAUUUCAUCUCCGCGAACUCAACUUUCUGACCAACAUGAAUCUGCGCCUUUCCAUACUGCAGUUCAGACUAUUUUGCUUUUUGAUGUGAUGCGCGCGUUGAAUGUGAUAAAAGACGCCAGAAAUUCCCUGAACCCAGUCCAGCGAGCUUGGAUUGCCGGCACUAGCUCGUCGGUCUAUGGCUAUUGCAUUCGCAUCUUUCGUAAAAUUGUGGAUUUCCUUAUUGCUGUCUUACACCAAGCCCGCCUGCGACCUGCAUUUCGACAUCUACUUACGAAAGUUUAUCAGUACGUCGAAGUAUACGGAGUGGUUUUAUCGGAUUUUCUUCGGGAACCUUCUGAUACUGACGAUCCUGCGUGGGACGAUAUUGACCGCACUGUGGAACUGAUUUCUUUGGUCGGCCGUCAGGGUUUCUCGCAAAAGCUUGCGGACCCGACGUGCACAGAAAUACCAGCGGAAAUGUUUGCUAUCGAACUGAAACUUAGCCGUUUACUUCAGAAUUUAAAUACGUUGGUACUGCCGCCUCCCAAAGGAAAUUAUAAAGAUUAUUAUCAAUCUUCCCGCCGACGUUCGCGCUCUUUACGACUUACUGGUAACUUGCUCAGAUAUCUCAGGCAGAUUGUAUUCGAUGGUUCCGGCAUUAUCAACGCAAAUGCUAUUCGUCCCGUUUUUGCUCGGUCCAACGUAUUUGGCCGAAAAGAACUAACAGUUGGAACGGUUACAUUGUCCUACGGAGAUUUAUUGGAACAUAUUCGGUCAUUUGGCCAAGCCGUGCUGGAUCGGUUAAAAGUGUUCGAGGACAUAAGGAUGGUUGGUCAGCGAAACAGUGGUUCUAUCUCAGAAAGCGAUCUGAAAUUGGUCCUCGAUUCGGAUCUUCUUCCAGCUCGACGAGAAGAUAGGGAAAACUUCUAUAGACUGUUCAUAAAAGAGCAAGAAUGUGAUAUUAUGGUGGAAGUUCGACAGCUUUUAAAUAUCGAAGAAUGCUUGCUAAUGAUCUUGGUGACUCACCUGGAGCACGUGUGCAGCGUAUUCCUAGCAGAUGCACAGCAAACUCCGCUUCCGGCCAGUAUGCGCCGAGCCCUGCUUCCCGCUCUGGAGCAGGAAAUGCCCACGACACCGUAUGAUGAAUAUCGUCAUUUUAAGACCAAUGUGCGCGAGUUCAUUACUGACGACUUCCUGGCACCGCUGGCAGACUUGUAUAAGGUGAUUGGCGGUGAUAACAACAAAUUCCUCGGAUUGUACCUUGGACGCCUGAUGGAUGUCGUUGAACUAGCAAGUAGUUAGCAGUAUUGAAAUCGGAAUGGUUUUACAUGUCUCGUUUUUAUAUGUUUUUGUAAUGCCACGGUUUAGUUUGACAUGUUGCGAGAACUGUCCAGAAGCGUGCUGUGAAAUACUUGGGAAAUUUGUGAGAUUGGUGGGAUUGUUCGUGCUGACGUAUUAGGGUUAUCCAAAACGUUUGGAAAUUCCGAAAUUAAAUAUCAUUAUCAAAAACAGCUGUGUUUAAGAAAAUUAUAACA